GUCAUCGGUUUGUUUUGUAUACGUUGUGGCUAACGUCAAAUGUAGCAGCGGCAUAAAAAAGGUUUACGUGGUCUUUUCACGAUUCUGAAACGUUUGGAGCUUCCAGAGCUCGUGUCUCUAAACAAAGUGUCUUUAGUGUAUGCACUACGUGCCAUGCAUAGUAAUUACAACGCCUAGUUUGCAUUUCGUUGAUCAGUCCGUUGCUCUGUUGCCAGCUAUCACUGAUCGGCCACUCAUUAGACGGCGCUACGAUGUCGAACAAACAAACGCUAGUUAUAUCCGCCGUGGGCAUUUUCGUGUGCUACUUUUAUUUUGCAAUUCUGCAGGAAAAGAUUACACGCGGCCGGUAUGGUGAUGAGCUGCAGGAUGAUGGUACCCAUGGCGAGCGGUUUACGUACAUGCUGGCUCUAGUCGGUGUACAGUGUGUCUGUAAUUGGGUUUUCGCGAAAGCUCUGCUUACGGUCUCACCACAGCCGGACGAUGGUACACCAAAGGUGUACUAUGCUAGCAGUGCCCUGACGUAUCUACUGGCCAUGAUCAGCUCAAAUAUGGCGCUGCGAUGGGUAGCCUACCCGGUGCAGGUUGUCGCUAAAGCGGCAAAGCCAAUUCCCGUAAUGUUGCUGGGUGUGCUGGUUGGACGGAAAAGUUACACACUACAGAAGUACUUUUUCGUACUGCUAAUUGUAGUGGGUGUCGUGUUAUUUAUGUUUAAGGAUAGUAAACCCAGCACUGGCACUGUACUGGAACACGAAUCGCUCGGUCAACUUCUACUGGUAUUGAGCCUUUUGAUGGAUGGAUUAACUGGCGCGGUUCAGGAGCGAAUGCGGGCACACAGCGCUCCCUCCGCCCAGCACAUGAUGCUGGCAAUGAACGGCUGGAGUGCAAUGAUCGUGUCUGUCGGCUUGCUGGCGACUGGUGAAGGCAAAGCGUUCUUUCUGUUCGCCAGUAGGCACCCGGAACUGUUCACACAUCUUACUCUGCUUGCACUGACGGGUGCUCUGGGACAAUUGUUCAUCUUCAUGAUGGUGUCCUCAUUCGGUGCACUUGCCUGUUCGGUAGUAACAACUACGCGAAAAUUCUUCACCGUACUCUUUUCGGUACUAUUCUUUGGCAAUGUACUCUGCGGCCGGCAGUGGGUCGGUGCUGUGCUCGUGUUUUGCGGCCUGUUCGCCGACAUGUUUUUUGGCAGAAAGCCAACCCCAGCAAACAAGCUAGCGAAGGAAAAAGAAAAGAGUGAAAGUGUGCCGCUGGCAGAUAAACACUGAAGCUGGAAUGCUUUUUUUAUAUAGAAGCAUUUAAAAUACAAAUAAUUCCAUCAUGGUGCUAAAGCACCGUAAACAUAAAGUGAAAUCCAAAUCAUGCGCUCACGCCUUGAUAGUUGUCUUCUCACGGCACAAGACCAGAAGCUAAUUUACCUGCAAUCCCUCUGUAAACGAUAUUACCCGUGUCCUUCAUUAGUAUAGUUAAGCGAAAGAUAAUUAAGUUGAAAAUAAAAGUGAACUAUAUUUGUACGGAAUGCAA